AUGCCUGGGUGUUCUCUGGGCUUCCUGCACCUGUGGUUUGGUGUGAACAUUCAUCUGGGGGGAAUCUCAGUCAUUGUUUCAAGUGUUACUUCUGCUCCUUCCUCUCUUCUCUUUCUGGUCAUCCCAUGAUGUGUGCGUCACACCUUUGGUAGUCAUCUCAUAGUUCUCGGAUAUUCUGUUCUGAUUGUUCAGUCUUCUUUUUCUUUCUGAUUGCUUUUGAGUUUGGGAGGUUUCUAUCCAUGUAUCCUCAAGCUCAGACCUCUUUCCUCAGCCACAUCCAAUCUACUAAUAAGUCCCUCAAAGACAGUCCUUGCUUCUGUGACAGUUUUCGACACCUAGCAUUUUUGUUAGUUUUCUUAGGACUUCCACACCCUCUGCUUACACUGCCGUCUUUGCAUGGUCUGCUUCAUCCAUCCAAGAUCCCUUAGCAUCUUCAUCAUAGUUUGAUUUUCCGUGGGACCAAACAGCUCUGUCGUGUCUGCCUCUGAUGCUGCGCUGUCCUUCAAACUGUUUCUUGCUGUUUGGUAAGCCUUAAGAUUUUCCUUGGUAGCUGGACACGAAGUUCCACAUAAAUGGAACUGCUGUACAUGGGCCCUUGGUGAUACGGCAGGAGGCAUGGGGAGGGGGAAGCCGUCAUACACUGUGAGUAGAUCUCGGUCUUUUAGUGAGCCUGUGCCUCCACACUGAAUUUUACAAGUGUUUCUCCAUUCUCUGCCCCCACUCCCCGGCCCCUGCUGGGUGGGACAGGAUGGCAGGGGAGGCCAGAGUUGGGUAUGUGCCUUCUGCAGGUUAGGCUCUGGUUCAUGAGUUUCCCUUGAGCACAGACCUCCUUACAGAAGGCAGUACUCUGAUGCAUUUCAAAGGGUUUUGGGGUUUGCUUUUUGCCCUCCCCAUGCUGGAAGCCGGAAUGGAUUUUCCUCUGAUGUUUACUGGGAGAGGCUGGUCGAGCUUCUGGAGGCAGAAUUCACAAAACUAGGGGAGUUUCUAACUCAGACUCCUAUACCCGGGGCCUCCAGCAAUUCCUCGAUUGUAGCACAGGAUUUCCCACCCAGGCCUUGUUGCCUGGGGCGGGAGGGGGUUCUGCUCCAGGAGACCUUGACUCCCUCUAUGCUCCUGUCCAUCUCUCCAGUCCCCAAGGCAGCAGUGUCUCCAUGUCCUCACCUUUCUUAUACACGCAAGAAUUUUCAGUCAACUCAGUUUUACUAGAACGCACAAGCUCCUUAUAUAAGGAACCCCAAGCUGAGUCCACCACUGUUUUCUUUUUAGGUUAUUUUGUAUCCAGUAACUGAUGAAUUAGGUGUCUUCAAAUGUGGACAACUGCAUUAAAAUUAGAUAAUCUUAUGAGCUCAACAGUAUGUUUGCAUUUUCCAUGUCAUUAAGUUAAUACAUUCUUAUGAUGGGUUCAGUGACCAUGAAUUCUAAGGGUGGGGGGAGUACAGUGCUUUCUUGUCUUUGUCCCCGUCACACGUUCAUAGACUCGGCACCUUAACACACACUGUGGAGCAACCAUAUUAUUGGCCAAGACACGUGGUUCCUAAUUUCAUGGAGCUUACCUUCUGGUGGAGAAUCAGAAUAUAAAAGUUGAAAUAAAAACAAAAUAAUAAUGGGGAAAGAUAUUAUUGGUGUCAAGUGUAUCUUUUCCAGGGAAAGCCAUUUCUUUGGAGCAUGAGUGUCUCCCUGCUCUCGGGAGAGUGAGAAUCCUUUGCCGUCAUGGUUAAGCAUGAAGACUGCUGAUGUCCUCACCCGCAUAGCCUUUUUGCUCCAGGCCACACAGAAGCCAUGUCUUUUCAGAACAAUGUCCUAAGAACCACGGGAGAGGUGUCUCUGAAAACCAUCUUCUUUUUGCAGAUGGGGUUGGGGCUCUGGCCAAUCACAUUCUCCUCAUCCAUAAUACCUCUCUACUCUUUCUUGGACAUAAGCUGAGGCCCAAACACAUGACUCUCAUCCACAUGGUGGUGGCCAACUCCUUGGCUUUUCUUUUCACAGGGAUUCCCCACAUGAUGGGAGCUUUUGUUUUGAGGAAACCCCUGUCCAGUUUUGGGUGUAAAUUUGUCUAUUAUGUACACAGGGUGGCUUGCAGCACCACCCUGUGCUCCACCUGUGUCCUGAGCACCUAUCAGUUCUUCACACUCAUCCCCAGGAGAAUGGAGUGGACGAUGUUCCGAGGAGGAGCCCCCAAGGUCAUUGGUCCUUCCUGUUGCAUCUGCUGGAUGUUCAGUUUCUUCAUGCACAUCUAUAUUCCCACGAAAAUCACUGGUCCACAGGACACAGGAAAUGAUACCGACACCCAAGGGCGGUGGUUCUGUUCAGCCUCAAGUCCCAAUGCAAGCAUUGUCAUCUUGUGGUCCAUCUUGGAUGCCAGGUUCAUUGGCCUCAUGGUCUGGUCCAGUGGCUCCAUGGUGCUUCUCCUACACAGACACCGCCAGAGACUGCAACAUAUUCACCCCCCCAAUGGCUCCCACAGGUGAUCCCCGGAGACCAGAGCCACCCACACCAUCCUGAUGCUGGUGGUCCCCUUCGUCACCUUCUACAUGCUGAAUUCCAUUUUUGCUUUACACAUCACUGCCUUUUUAGAUUCCCAUCUAUGGUUGAUGCAGACCACUCACGUUUUAGCUUCAUGUUUUCCCACUAUUAGCCCCUUAUUGCUGACCUUUAGGGAUCCUAGAACUCCUGGCUUCUGCUCAAGUUGUUGUAAUCACAGUUGAACAGGUAAAUACAUAGAAGUCAGCUUCUAUACCAUCCAUGAUUACUAUAUUUAGUAAUCACCUACCAGUUACCCAUCUUUAUGAACUUUUUUGUUA